AAAUUCGUUCAUUUGUACUUUUAACGACAAGCAACGUACCCAUUUACGAUAGAAAGCAUGGCUUCGGAAGAAAGCGAAUUAGACAGUGUGGACUCAGAUACAGAGCUCCAAGAAGCUUUCCGGAGAGGGGAAUUGAAACCAGGCUUAAAUAUAGAAGCAAGAGCACCCAAGGUGCAUAUAAAUAAUGUGGCUGGAAUGAAAUCAAAACUUCAAGAGAUAUCUCAGGCUAUCCCAUGGGUCGAGAGACUGGACAGCACCUGUGACCCUGCUGCAGAUGUAUUGGGAACAGAAAAGGAAUCUGGGGAAGAUGUUGUACAUGAUGACUUCAAAAGGGAGAUGAGAUUUUAUAGACAAGCUCAAACCACAGUUUUAGAAUCAAUUCCAAGGUUACAUUCACUUGGUAUUCCCACAAGUAGACCUGAAGACUAUUUUGCACAGAUGGCCAAAGCAGAUGAACAUAUGACAAAAGUUAGAGAGAAACUCCUUGCUAAACAAGUGUCAAUGGAUAGAUCUGAAAAAGCGAAGAAACUGAGAGAACUUAGAAAGUUUGGAAAAAAGGUUCAACAUGAGGUGCUUCAGAAAAGGCAAAAAGAGAAACGUGAAAUGCUUGAUGCUGUAAAAAAAUACAGAAAAGGACAAGAUAAUAAACUGGAUUUUUUGGAAUCUGGCAAACAAAAGAUAGAUGGGAACAAAAAGCAAAUUCAUCAACCAGGGAAAAAGAGGCAAUUUAAAAAUAAGAAAUUUGGGUUUGGUGGACAAAAGAAAAGGUCUAAAUAUAACACAUCCAAAAGUGCUAAAGAUAUGUCAGACUUCAGUGUCAAGAAACAUGCCACAAGACCAGGAGGUGUCAAGAAGGCUAAGGCUGCAAGUAAAAACAGACCAGGGAAAAGAAGAAGACAGAAAGGAAAAAACAAAUAACUAGGCCACUGAGAAGAAGGACAUAUGUAACUUUACAAGUACAAAUUUGGUCCAAAAAAUGUUCUGUUGGAGGUUAUUUCUGCAAAAAUGGAGUAAUUCAGAGAAAACAAGUUCUUUAAACUGUGUUGGUACAUUGUGGACCAUGGGUACUAUGGAAAUGCCUCUUAAUAUCUAGUAUAUCUCUUAAAGAGAAAUGAAGCUGACAUUCUUAACAUAACUGGGCAUGUGAAGGACUUCAUAUAAAUUUGGGUUUCAUUCUCUUCACCUUGAAUGAUUGUAUUUAUAUAAAUUUACAAAGAAAGGAUACCAUGAAAGAUUGUAGUAAGGAGAAAAAUUAACAUUAAUGAGGGUUUUUGUACAUAUAUAAUUAAACAAAUGAAAAUAAAAUAAAAUAAUAUAUUUAUGUCACUAUGCCUUCAGUUCACAAUCAACAGUGGUUUAUUAAUUUAAACAUACAGUAUAAAUAAAAGCAAUGCUGUUUUAGCAUUGUAUUGCUUGGUUGUAUCAUGCUUUCCUUUUUCAACAUAAUCCCCAUCUUACAAGGAGUACCACUAGACACCACAGGAUUUAUCAGGCUGUAUCUAAAACUUCCAAGUUAUUCCUUGUACAGAGGGUCAAUACACUCCAGGGUUACAAAAUGAAUCAUUAAGAUUUUCGGAGUGCCAUUUAAUCCUGGAUUUCCCAUAGUGGAAGAAGUUGUUACCUGGGAGGUAACCAUAAAUUUGUCUUAUUUAACUGUUUUGAUACAUGUUCAGCCUC